GUCCCCCCGGUCCCCAUGUCCCGUCCGGAUGCCCCGGGAGUCCCCGGCUCCCGGUACCCGGUACCCCCGCACCCCGCCGGCUCCCGGCAGCAGCACCCCCUGUACCGGACCAGCAAUCAGGCCUAUGGCAGCAGAGCCCCCACGGUGCACGAGGUGCCGACCACCUUGCACGUCACCUCGCACGCGUUUUCGAACACUCUGGCGCAGUGCGGCAUGUACAGAGACAACGGGCUCAACACCUACCUGGAGAAGAGCCGCGUCACUGGCCCAGACAACUUCAUCACCCCCCAUGACACCCUCAACUUCCACCCCAGCUACAACGCCAGGGGGCCGUCGCACUGUUAGAGCUGCAGCACCAGCAGCUACAAUGCCAAGCCACUUCAAUUUAGUGCUGGCUGCAUAGGUAAAAAAAAUAAACAUCCCCCCCAAAAACAAGCAGGCAAACAACAGCACUGACCUUCCCCUAAAUCUGUUGUCACAGCAGAAAUGUGUGUAAGCAAGCUGUAUGACAUCCACGGUGUUGAGAGAGUCCUAAUCUAGUGUUUCAGAGCUCUUGUCUUAAUAAAGAAGCACAUGCAGGAAAAUAA